AUGUGGGCAUAUAUAAAUCAGAACAACGGCUCACCCUAUGAAAAAUCCUCCCCUCCCCGUAACCCCCUCCUUAACAGAUUCCAAAAGGGGGUUAAAUCCCUCGUUGGGGUCCUCCUCAAAAAUUUUGUCUUCAAUUUGUAUUACUCUUUGGACAAAAUUAAAGAGAACGAUGGCAUAAAAAGGGAUGACAGUGGAAGCUCAAAAAUUAAUAGCAGGAGAAAGUUGGACAAGUCCAAGAAGAACAUUGAGAGGUGCAUUGACUUGUGUCUAGUAGUUUUAAAAACCUUACAGGGGGAUCAUCAUUUCUUUACUCAAUAUGUGCUGGAGAACUACUCUUCAAUUAAUUUAAGUCAUAAUGAUAAAAGGAGGGAGGCGAAGAAAAAAAAAAAGAAGAACAAGUUCGAUGACGCCCUUUUGAUGUACCAUUCGUAUAGCAAUUCACAGCCAUCGAGAUGGAAAAUUAAACCGAAGGGUGAGAUUAACGGAGUAUGCCUGAAUGCAGGGAAGACGGGGGAGCACAGCAUGUUCAUAGGAGAUAGGGAAGUCAACUCUUAUGUUAACAAAAUUGCAACGAUAGACUCGUACAUAGACAAACAUAAGAUGUACUCCAAGGAGGACUUCAUUUGUGAACUAAAUAAUUUUUUAAGUGCGUUUUAUUUGAAGAAGGCAGAAGAAAACGCGGAAGGAAAAGUGGAAAUAAAAUGGGAAGGAAAAGAGGAAAUAAAAGCGGAAGUAAACGCGGAAGGAAUAAACAUAAUCGAUGACGAUUUCGUAACGGAUAAUUUAUUCUCAGAGUACUUCAACAGCUGCAGAAGGAACAACAAACUGGUGAAUACGAUAAUAAAAGAGGUGAAUUUACAGAGCUUACGAAGUUUCCAUCGCGUUUUACACAAAAAUAUUAAUUUUAUCAGAAUGUUUAACGCGCGAAAUGAUACCAAGCAUGAAAUGGAUGCCCUGCAGCUGUCUACUCUUUUUGAGCUUUGA